AAUCUACACAUUUAGGCUAUUACCUAGGUACAAAGGAUUUUUAAGGAAGAAGUUCUUGCCAAUGGUGGAUUCCAAUAACUGAUGUUCUUUUAUUAACUAUAAAAAGCCUUUCAGUUAAUUACACCCCAAAUAAAAUGUUUUUAUAGGGAAAAAUAGAUUUUCAGUGUAAUAUGAAAAUAUUCUGGGAUCUGCUUACACAAUUACUAAAAUAUUAAGUUCAGAAAUUACUGGAUAAGAGUAUAUAGAAACCCUAUUUUGAUUUUAUUCUUGUUUUUCCUAAUAUAUGAUGGGAUUUGUACUUCCCUGACCUAUCCACAGAGCCUUGAAAAUAAUUUAGAGCUCAGUUGUUUCAUUUGAAUUUAUGUAUAAAUUGAAAUAUACUAUUUAUUUUUACCGAUAAUGCAUUUGUCAGAAUAACUGGAAAAGUGUAAUUCUACAAUAAAAAAUUUAAAAAGGUAAUGGUAAGAUAUGACUUGAGUUUGAAUACGAUAAUUAUUCAGAGGUGGCUGUCUCGACAUUUUUUCCAGAAUGCUUCUGGUUUUAAUGAUUUGCAAAAGUUUACUGGUGGACAGUAAACGCGGUGUGUCGUCCCCCAUACCCCCCUCCCCCACUGCCGCCUCUGCCGCCUCCACACACAAAGUAUACUGAACUUAUUGCUCUGAAAAUUGCUAUUGAGUGGUUGAGUGAGUUGAAUAAAUGAGGCUUUUAGAAGUGACUACAGAAGUCGUUACACUUAGGAAUGAAGCAGGGGUGGGGGGAACCUGGUAAAAAUGCAUUUUUAUAAGGAUACCGGGAAUGGUCUGAAAUUACACGCAGGUCCUUUAAGAUGUAGGGGAGCCACUACCCGACAGCUCCAAAGAAUUGUGGGGCGAAGUGAGAAGAUGGCAGGUCUUGAUUGGUUAGAGGCAGCUGCAUCCUGGCAGGUGAUUGGCUCCACAGUUGCAUGGGGCUGCUUGUGUCGUCACAAUCCCAGCAUUCUGUUGUAGCCUGCCUGUGGAACUCGCGGAACUUGCUGACAGGAGCCAAACCCCACCCCCUCGUCUGCCGGAGCUGCCCUUAAAAUGAGUAAGAAUGGGUUUGGGAGCUAUGGCGGCAUCUCUGCUGCAGGCGGAGCCAUCGGAAGCAAUGACCCACCGUCUCAGGGCAGGGUAGCUCUUGCUUUUAAGUCCAUACGAUACAGGUCCCGAAUCCAGGAUAUUAUACCUUGCUGUGUAAACCCGCUGCUCACCUCCACUGUGAUUGAUGAUGUCUUCAUGAUUAGGGGAAUCGAGGUUUCCCUAGUCGCUAUCGUGGGGAUAAUCAGGCAGGCAGAGACGGCUACAAAUUACGUUCUUUACAAGAUUGAUGAUAUGACCACCAAGCCUGUCAACGUCCGCCAGUGGGUCGGCAGAGAUAGAGCAAAGCAGGGGAUACCUCUCCUUCCAGUGAGAGUAUACGCCAAAGUGUUAGGUAUCCUCAAAUCUUCUGCGGAGGUGAAGAGCCUUGAGGUGUUGAAAAUCCGUGUCCUGGAGGACACGAACGAGUUCACCACACAUAUUCUAGAAACGGUUAACGCGCACAUGAUGCUGGAUAAAGCGGCCUCUGGGCAAAGUGUCCCUGUUGUUCCCUCAGAAAUGGAUGAGGCCCAGAUGCACAGCGAUUACCACCCCGACUUCAUCCGGAAGGAGGUGCUGCGUUUGAUUCAGGAGUAUCCUCGAUAGGAAGGCAAGAGUGUUCGUGAGCUCCAGACCGAGCUUAGCAACCUGAGCAUCGGGACCAUCAAUCAAGCCAUUGAGUAUCUGACUGUCAAGGGCCACAUCUACCCCACUGUGGAUGGGGAGCGUUUUAAAUCUGCUGAUUGAAGCAGUGAAAACUUCUUUCAUUUUCUGAAGACGCUGCCUCCAGUUGUGACUGAGUUUGACUGUUUGACUUUUAGGAAGUAGAUUUCUUUAAACAAAAGAUUGGAACUGGCAUCCUUUUGGAACUUCACUGCUUUUCCAACUGCUUUGAACUUUUCUAUUUUUCUAACUAUAUUUGAAGCUCAGAGGGAGAUGGCGAUGGAUAAAUUGACUGGCCUUUUUGUAGAGUUUACCAGCAAGCAAAUGAAAACACUCUUGGACAGAUGAUUUUGGAGGAGAAAAGGUAUAGAAAAAGUUGAAAAUUAUUAGUUGCAUGGGAGCUUCUUCUGUAAUACCUACAUAUUAGGAGAAAGUAGAUGCAGUCAAGGAGCCAGUUAAGAGACAAAAAAAUAUUCUGUUGUUUUUACAUUAGACUUAUUUUCUAUGUUUGGAUUUAGCAUAUUAUAGUCAUAUUAGUAUCUCUUGCUAAAUAUAGUAGUUGAUUAAUUCAGAUGUGCUAAAGAUAGCAGUUUAUGAAUUCAGGCACUCAGUUCAAAUGUUCAUUUAGUGAUUUGCUCUUACACUGUAGGUUUAUGUUUUUUUAAAAGAUAAGAUUAUACUAUGUUUAAA